AGGUUCGCGCACGCCAGGCUGAACGUAAACACUCGCGUAGUCUCCGGCGCAGAGGGAGGAGCGCGUCAAACUGUCAGAGGACAAGCGAGGAGGGAGAAAGAGAAAGAAGUGUGGAAUUUCUCAUCAAAUGCGCAUAAAUUAAUAUAAUUUAGGCAUGAUGAGAGGGAUGUAUGGUUUAAGUCAGGUGGAGCAUGUAAGUGGAUGAAAUAUGAGGACCAAGGAAAAGUAAGAAGCAAAGGCAGACAGCAGCUGACGGGACAAGCUGGAAGUUUACAAAGCGAGAAUCAUCCCGAGGUCUUGCCUGCCUGAGUAAAGGUAUCUUGUGCUCGAUGAUGUGCUUCCAUGUGGGAUUUACGUGAUUGGGAGCUUGAAUCACUGUGCAGGACGCAAGGCUUUUCGUCUGUGUGGUUAUGACUAUAAUAUUAUUUUAAAGCCUUUUUUUUUUUAAAAAAAACAACAAAUAAUAAUAAUAAUAAAAAAAUAAUAAUAUAAUGAUGACUUUAUGAAAGGAACGAAGGUUUGUUUUUGUUUUUUUGUUUUUUAAAAGUGUUUUUUUUUUUCCCCGCAAAAUGUGGAUUUCUACUUUAAAAGUACAUGCCCUGUCUAAAAUUUAAUGGAUCUUUAAUGACCGAGUUCUCGUCGUAUGAAUCCAAAAUACCAAUAAUAGUUUUCCAGUGUGAAUAAUUCAUGAAAAGGAGCGCUCCAUCGAGGACUGGAAAAAGUUACGGAAAUACAGGGAGGAGGAAUAACAAGUAGACUUGUUCGAAGUGGUAAGGAGGGGGGGUGGGAUGGCCACAGCGGCUUCCAAUCCCUACCUGGCAAGCAACAGCAUUCUCUCCUCAUCAGGCUCGGUCGUGCACUCGGAUUCCGGAGGUGGUAUGCAGCCGGGAAGCGCUGCCGUUACUUCAGUGUCAGCCGGAUACAGAGGAGAUCCUGCGGGCAAAAUGGUGCAGAGCGAAUUUAUGCAAGGAGCUAUGGUGGCCAGUAACGGGGGCCACAUGCUAAGCCAUGCUCAUCAGUGGGUCACCUCACUGCCUCACGCCGCUGCCGCCGCCGCCGCCGCAGCCGCAGCAGCAGCAGCCGAAGCCGGAUCGCCUUGGUCUACUAGUCCUGUGGGAAUGGCGGGCAGCCCGCAGCAGCAAGAUGUCAAGAGCACUUCAAACCGGGACGAUCUUCACACCGGUACCUCGCUGCACCACCGAGGUACUCACGGAGCUCACCAGGCGCACCAAAGCGCAUGGGCUGGCACCACAGCGGCGGCGCACAUCAGCACCAUCACCGCGGGCCAGCAGCAGUCUCAGCAGUCUCUCAUUUACUCUCAACCAGGUGCGUUCACCGUCAACGGGAUGCUCAAUCCCGCCAGUAGUUUGGUUCACCCUGGUUUGAUGCGCGGCGAAUCACCCGAAAUGGACCACGGCAACCACCAUCACCACCACCAUCAUCAUCAUCAUCCUCACCAUCACCCCCACCAGCAGCAGCAACACGCGCACCAUCCUCACGCGCAGCACCACGGCGGCGUGAACAGCCACGACUCGCACUCAGACGAGGACACGCCGACCUCCGACGACCUCGAGCAGUUCGCUAAGCAGUUCAAGCAACGUCGCAUCAAGCUCGGCUUCACGCAGGCCGACGUCGGCUUGGCUCUCGGCACACUCUAUGGCAACGUUUUCUCGCAGACCACCAUCUGCAGGUUCGAGGCGCUGCAGCUUAGCUUCAAGAACAUGUGCAAGCUCAAGCCGUUGCUGAACAAGUGGCUGGAGGAGGCCGACUCGAGCACAGGCAGCCCUACGAGCAUCGAUAAAAUAGCGGCGCAGGGCCGCAAGCGCAAGAAGCGCACCUCCAUCGAGGUGAGCGUAAAAGGGGCCUUGGAAAGUCACUUCCUCAAAUGCCCUAAACCUUCUGCGCAGGAGAUCACCUCCCUGGCGGACAGUCUGCAGCUGGAAAAGGAGGUGGUUCGUGUUUGGUUCUGCAACCGGAGACAGAAGGAGAAGAGGAUGACACCGCCUGGUGUAGGCCAGACGCCGGAGGACGUGUACUCUCAGGUCGUCAACGUGAGUGCAGACACACCGCCCCCGUCCAUGGACUGCAAACGUAUGUUCACUGAGACAUAGAACUGAUUUUUCCCCAUACACAAUUCAGUUAACUGGACGAACGUUACAAAAACAACAACAACAACAACAACACCAGAAUUUACACUUGAGCAGAUAAUGUGCAUUUACAAAAAAUAAAACCCUCAAAUUUAUCCUUGAAACUCAUCUUUAAAUUCUGCCUGAUGACCCCGAGUAUGUUCCCUAACUUUAAAUGGCUGUCUCUGCUCUGUGUUUCAGGAGAGCUUUGUGGUAGAUUGCUUAAAAGAUGCAAGUUUGAAAGAUGAACCCGACGACCAGGUGGACACAACUUCGAGCUCCUAUCAUCAGCUCAUUUUGGUGCAUUGACAGUACAAGCAUAAACAAAAACCCAACCAGAUGUUUAUGGAUCGCAUUCGAAAGACAUGAGUAAAAUGACUGACAUGAACUUGACAUGAACAGAGACACCAAAAUAAAGUCAAACGAACUGCGGUGUCGUCGCCUUUCCAAGCUGAGGAAUUAUAUUAUUCGUUUCAAAGAAAGCUAAUUGGUUGUUUUUUUUUCUGGCUAAAGUUCUCACCAGAAUCACCUUUUUUUUUCUUUUCUUUUUUUGGAGACUUGAUGUGUUACAAAUGACAGUUUUUCUAUUUCAUAGAUUUUCUUUCGUGGACCGGACUUCUGUGAAUAGUUUUCACACAGGAAAAGGAUUUUAAAAUGCACUUAUUCGUCUUUCAGCCCGUCCUCUCUGUGGACACUUUUUGUUUUGUUUUUUUGUUUGUUUGUUUGGUUUUUUUUUUGUUUGUUUGGUUGGUUGAAUAAUGGUGUACUUGAUCCCUUUUCCUUACUGCUAUUUCCAUGCAGUAGUUUUGGCCGAUUUUGAUAAAAAAAAAAAAAAAAUCUGUAUAAAUCUGACAGUAUGAAUUCUCAGUGGUGAUCAACUUGCUUUCUAUUUUUUACCGGAAUCCCACCUUUGGAGUAUUUCAUGAAGUUCCCGAAAUGUUGCGAGAUGUAACCUUUCUCUUAUAGAAGUAGCCUUUCAUGUACACCCUUCUCCUCUCCUGCUUUCAUUACGAAAUCUAUACAGUUAGUAGGCUGCCACAGUGGUUAUUAAAACUGCCUACAGAACAGCACAUUGAGAAAUCUGAUAGGCUGACACAAUUUUAUUAUUUUGUUUUUGUUUUUUUUUCUUUUCCUGUGAUUGUUAUUUAAGUUCAGUAUUGAUCCAGUCAGAGGUGAUUGAGAACAAUAAAUUUGAUAAAUUUAACACAGCGCUGUGUUUUUUUUGUUUGUUUUUUUUUUUUUUUUCCUUUUUCUUUCAGGCCGCAGCAUGCGAUAAAUCUAAUUAAUUUGUUGGAAACUGUGAAAAUCGAUGAGGCUUUCUUUUUUCCUUUUUUUUUUUUUUUUCUAUUGACGUCUAUGUGGAAAUCGUAGGCUACAUUUUCUCUAUGUUGACCAUUGGCUAGCCUAUAUGAACAUCACAGGGAUGGUCUGAACGCAAUUAAAAAUGGAGAGAUGCAAUGAGUAAAAAGAAAACAAAAUACCCAGGCUAAUGUUUGUAAAUGAGUUUUACAUUCAUGCGAAUUAUAUACUUACUCGUCAACAGGGUCAUGUUCAUUGGCAAUUUCUUUGCAUUUAUUUAAAAAUGAUUACGCUAUAUUAUACUUAUAGCCUAGCUUAUUUCCGUCUAUAUUUUAAUUUGACUUUAAUGUAACGAUUUUGCAUUAC